CCCUUGAUGGCCCCUCAUGAACGAUGAGCCACUGCCUCACAGACAGUAAAUUUCCCCAAACUUCGCUAAUUAUUAGCGCAAUGAGCCACAUGGAACCAACAAUGAAUCAACCAUCCGAGACGUCGUCAAAAUGCCCAUUCGUUCUGGAAAGGUGUACCCGGCUUGUCCAUCCCCACCCUCCCGAGCAGAAUCCCGGCAUCGCGGCACCACAUGGAUGUAGCCGGAGGGAUAUCUGGGGUUGAAACAUGGCAUUUUCCUAGCGUCUUAUGGUCAACAACCCCGGUUUUUCCUCCAUCAUGCCGGGUGGUCGGUGACAGACAACCUGAAGCAUGGCUGAUGUUGGCUGAUACCCUUGCCCUCGGCCAGACGGGGUGUUGCCAGUGUGCCACACACACCAUUCACGGCAUUCGACUGAUGUGCCAGCCGAGUGUCAACCGGCAUCGACGCAUGCAUGAUCUGGCACUGUAGGCGACACGGCUUCUGCGAUGCCACCACACGACCUGUCGCGCUCUCUUAGCACUUUUCGGCUGAGUCCGUUCGGAGACGUCACCCCGGACUGCUGCAGAGGUGAUGACGCACACCAUCUCCUAGCUUAUGGCUGCGGCUGCGGCUGCGGCGCUUAUCUUGCAUGGCCGGUCCAGCACCAACGUUUGGCAACCCACUCAGUUUCGAUGUAGUACAGGGGCUGCUAAUUGGGAGACCAUUUGCCCGACAAAGAGGGGGAUUCUCCAUUGACCCCCCCCGGCUCCGCUACUCCCUUGCCAGCCGAUAUCCGAGCUGUUCCAGACUCGGAAGUAUUGGAAUGAACCGAGAAGCGGAUCCUCAGGAGCCAGUUUAAGUGAGUUGAUUGAAAAUUCGAAGGCAACGUAGGUAGGUUGCGUGCGGCAUCUCACGUGGUAUUCGUUCAGAGUCUUGCUGAACCAAGCACACAACCCUCGUGAAACGCAAUACGCUAUGCUAUGAAGCUGUCUACUAACAACUCUACAUUCCAAGCGAGUCAAAAUCGAGUCAGUCAAACGAUAUUAGUGUUGCGCUAUUACACCAUCAUUCCAACCUUUUAAUAGAGAAUCAUAGAGUCAGUCAAAUCACCUCGGGAGUUUCUUGCGUGCUUGGUCUCAACAACUCAACUCCCAAUCUCUCCCAAAAGCAAUCAACCAGAACUCGAGGGUCAAGAGUGUCAAAUAGAGCGAUGAAAAACUGGACAACACAGCAUAAGUAAGUCAGUUAAUCAGAGCUGCCGCAAUGCACACUCGAGAAACCAAGAAUGCUUCACACGAGGCCGGUUCUUCUACUUUCCCGCAAUUGUAUCUACCAACAUCGCAGACAAGGCUUCAGUCUCACCAGAAGUCGACCCAUAUUACAACCUAGGUACCCAAGUUGACAGAGACUUGAAAGGUAGUCUUUUGAUAUUUUCCGUUGACCCAAAACUAGACAAUCUCGAAUGGGUCACGGAGUUCCUCACGACACUUGGGGAUGAUCUUGAAUGCUCAUACGAACCCCUGCGCAUUUAGCCGCCCGCUAUUUCUCUAAAGGCUCUAGUCCCAACAUGGGCCCGUUUCUCUCCGUCAGGCAACCGUAUCUCGCAUCUGACGAGGCAGCCAUUUGCCAAAUCGCUUCCUUGGUUUCUUCCCCACCUUCAUAAGCUCAUAGAGACCUGGCAUACGGGUGCUGGUCCCCCCUUCCGUUCAACUACUCUCUGCCAGCAGUUAUGCUUCCACGUUGUCUUGCCUCAACUACCACCAGUCCAUCAACCACGUCAGACUGGUCCUGUGCAACAACAACAACAACAAAGUGCCAUCCAAUUCCCUAGGAUGCCCACCCCUGUCUCGGCUCCAGUAGCCCCGACCUACGCACCAUCACCCGCAGACACAAACGCCCAAGACGGCAGCGACACCGACAUUGUCAUCAUCGGCCGCGACGAUGUCAGCAACUACAACCCGGGCCAGAUCCUCCCGGAAUCGCCGGAAACCAUCGAGCAACUAAGGGUGUGGCUGCAGCCGACGGCGUACGACCUCGGAAGCGGCGAGUAUCGUAAGCACCUCGGCUCCCUCGCGCCGGACACCGGCGACUGGCUCGCGACGAGCCGCCCGUUUGCAGAGUGGUCGCACGGCAACGACCAUGGCCUGCUCUGGAUGAAGGGGAUCCCCGGGUCGGGAAAGUCGGUCUUGGCCUCAAAGAUCGUAAAGGGGCUUACGGAGGACAACCCGGGGCGUCCCGUGCUCUACUUCUUCUUCCGUCAGAUCAUCGACGCCAAUCAUGAGCCCGUCGCCCUUCUCAGAGAUUGGCUGGAUCAGGUCCUCUCCUACAGCCCACCCCUGCAGAAAAACCUCAAGGAGUAUGUCGAGAACAAGAAGUCGCUCGACAGCAUGUCCAUGGACGACCUGUGGAACGCUCUCCGGCUGGCUCUGUCUGGGUUACCUGGCAAGGUCUUCUGCGUCGCCGACGCCCUCGAUGAGAUGGACGGCGGGAACGAGCCCUUCCUGACAACACUGGCCGAGCUCGGAAACUGGAAGCCGGAGAAGGUGAAGGUUCUCAUCACCAGUCGCCCUGUUCCCGCUGUCGAAGGUCCUCUGCGGACAGCAAACUGCCUCCAAAUUCGCCUCCAGGAGAACGUGGUCGACGUUGAUAUAUCUAAGUUUGUCCAACAGGGUCUUGCCGCGUCAAACAUUCCACCUGAAGAGCGAGAGUUGAUUCGAGAGGCGAUCCCCGGCCGAGCAAACGGACUGUUUCUCUACGCCAAGCUCGCCAUGGACGCCUUCCUCGAGCCCGAAGCCAGCGUCAAGGACGUCCUCGGGUCUCUGCCGGCCAACAUGGACACCAUGUACAUGGACCUGCUGCGGGAGCACUCCCGUAGAUCAGGCGUCCACGACGACGUCCAACGCCUCAUCCUGCAGUGGGCCACCCACGCAACGCGGCCGCUGCGGCUGCUCGAGAUGGCCGAGAUGGUCUCCGUCGCGUACCCCGGCAAUGCGACCAGUGACCUCAGCGCCGCCAAAGACGUCGUCAGGGCAGCGUGUGGCCCCCUCCUGGAGAUCAUGCCUGACGAGACCGUCUGCGUCAUCCAUCACUCCUUCACCGAGUAUCUCAAGGGCACCAACAGGUCAGCUGGGCACGACACGGGGUAUCCCGUGCUGCGGCUGGGGGAGACACACGCCAAUCUCGGAUUGGCAUGCCUGCGAUACUUGCGGGCAGGCUGUCUCGACGAGUUAAUCGAGAAGAAGAAGGGGAAGAAGAAUACUAUGAAGCAGUUCAAGUCUCCCAGAAGACUCCCACACGGCAGCGGAGACACCGAUGCGGAGUUGAAGCUCAAGCAUCCAUUCCUCGCGUAUGCUAGAAGCAACUGGCACGUUCAUUUGGAAAGGUCGACGAGAGCCGAACAGGACCAGACCGAGGUGAAUGCGGCACUAGACCGAUUCCUCGGCAACUCAGAUCUAGCUGAUGCGUGGCUUGAUCUCGGCUGGUGGGGAGACAACGGAGCGAGUUCCGGGAUCCAGCCUCUGCAUAUCGCAGCCCAGAGCGGGCUCGUCGAGUACGUGAAGCACCUACUCUCGUUUCCAGACGUGGCUGUCGACGCGGCGGAUGUCCAGGGAAAGACACCGCUAUGGUGGGCUGCGUCGUUUGGCAGGGCGGAAGUGGUGCAGGUGUUGAUCGAGGCCGGUGCAGACCCGGACCGGGAUGACGCCUACAACGGCCUCAAGCCGCUGCAUGAAGCAUCCAGCAAGAACCACCCGGAGGUCGUCAAAGUUCUGCUGGCUGCCGGAGUCGACCCCCUUACCAAGAAGACACGGGAGAGGCCUGGAAACUGGUGCGGGAACGCGAGGAAAUCCAGGGGAGACACCCCGCUGAUGUACGCUUGCCAACACGGUCAUUACGCGGCCUUCGAGGCGUAUCUGCCCUUUCUCGCCGACAAUGACGACGCCGUACACCGGGCCCUGGCCUGGGCAGCUCGGAGCGGCAGGGCCAGCAUCCUGGCGAGACUACUGGAGCAACCCGGCGUCGAUAUAAACCGCAAGGUAAGCGGAGAAACGCCGCUGUUCUGCGCAAGUCGGGGCCGGAGCUUCGACGCGAUGACACUGCUCCUCAAGGGGGGGGCCGACCCGACGAUCCUGUGCCAGCCAGACGACGCAUUCAGCAGCAGAUACUUCUUCCAAAACCACUUGUUCAUAGACGAGGAGGAACACGGCGAUGAUCCCGGCCCCAGAGGUCUUGGGAUCUCGCAGAAGGCCGGCUUCUCGGCUCUAUACAUGGCCUUGGACGACCGCCAAGGCUCCGAACUGAGGACUCCGUACGGCCCGGAGGAGUAUAAAGAGCUGCUCGCGCUGCUCGUCGAAAAGGGGGCAGAUAUCCAUCAGCGAACUCGGGAUGGAAAGUCUCUGCUUCACGUGGCCCAGGCCAACCACGUUGUGGUCCGCAUCCUUCUCGACGCAGGCCUCGACGCGAACGUCGCCGACAACGGCGGAUUCACGCCCCUUCACAAGGUACAGUCCACCGAGUCCCUGGCGCUGCUUGUUGAGCACGGCAAGGUGGAAAUCAACAGGAGGGCCUCGUCGAACGGCAAUACGCCUCUGUUGCAGCUUCUCGACAUCUUCCCUCGCGCCGCCCUCCAGCUGAUCGAAUACGGCGCGGAUUGCAACAUCACCGACGCCGAGGGCAACGGACCGCUCCAUCUCUCUCUGCAGGCCUGGGGGAGCAGCUGCGACGUCGUCGAAGCCCUCCUCCGAGGCGGAGCGGAUGCCAACGGGAGAAACGGACGAGGCGAGCGGCCGUUAGAGAUGUUACGCUUAGACGACAGGCAAGCGCUUGAGAUGAUGGACCUGUUGCUCCGGGCCGGCGCCGAUAUCAACGCGAAGGACAGGAACGGCGCAACGUCUCUCUUCCGGAUAGUCUCUCGCGGGGGUUUCUGGCCGCACGAGCAUCCCCACGACGAUAUCAAGGCACUGCUGGACCGCGGGGCGCUCCUCGAGACGCGCGACUUCCGGGGACGCACCCUCCUCCACGAACUCAUCAGGUCGUACAAGAGCGUCUCCGACAUCUGUACCGCCUCGGACGCCCCGGACCGCCCGUCACGGUUCGACUUCCUCGCUGGCCUUGGCCUUGACGUCCGCGCCACUGACCACGACGGCAACGGCCUGCUCCACGAGCUCUGCUGGCACGCGCGCGCCCACGACUUCGACUCGCAGGAGAUCCUCCCUGCCUGGGACAAGCUGCUGGCCCUGGGCCUCGACGUCGACGGGCGGAACAACAGGGGCCGGACGCCGCUGCAUAACCUGUCGACCAAGGCCGACCGCGGCCGGCGGUACAGGGGCCAAGGGACGUUCAUCGACGCGGUCCUCUCGCGGACGAGGGAUGUCGGCGUCCGAGACCGCGACGGCGUCGCCCCGUUGCACCUCGCGGUCACCGUGUCGGAGUACUACGCCCAUAAGCUGCUGGAGGCCGGCGCCGAUCCCACGGUCCGCACCAACGAGGGGCUCACGCCGCUCCAUCUUGCCGCGAGGGCCCGGCAGAGCAACAUCGUCGGGAUGCUUCUAGAUGCGCUUCAUCGCAAGAACAGUGCUCAGUCGCGCGUCUCGCGGGGAUCGUGGCUGGACAACCCACCCGGCAAGCCGGUCCCCGUAGUAGAUGCCACGGACGAGCGCGGCUACACGCCGCUAUACUACGCGAGCCGUUCCGGACGACCCGAGAUCGUGGCCAUGCUGCUGAAAGCAGGCGCAAGCACAGACGUGAAAGACCUUCGCGGGGCCGUCACCGGCUUCGAGAGAGAACACGACUUGUGGCUCGGAAGCGGAGCCCGGGUUCCCGAUGACGGAGAUACCGGCGGGCUCGGGCUCGCAGACCCAUCCCGUCCGCGCGAGCCCGAUACGCGAUUCCUGCCGCAGCUGCCUCACCCGUUCCGAGACACGGCCAGGCUUGAGGAGAUCAUCGAGAUGCUACUGGACCACGGCGCCGACCUGUCUGAUCGCGGCUACAACAGCACGAUGACGGAGAACGGAGAUAGGUCUCUGAACGCGACCCCGUUUGCCUGCCGAGACUACACGCUCAAGUGCUUGUCGCAGGCUCACCAGAGGAGACCGCUGAGCGCAUCCCCGCCCGCUUUCCAACGCCAGCCGAGCAGCCUGGGGAGUUUCGACGAGCAUCUCAUCCGGCACCGCCACGAGGCGGCGACCAAGGCGCUGCAGGAGUCCAGGACGAUCAAGCAGGGCGAGGCGAAUGAGGACCUGUUCGUGUCACGGCUCAUACGGCGCGAGUACGACGUGGUGGAGCAGCUUCCCGGCUUGGGCGUCGACUUCCUCGCCAAGCACGCCAACUUUGGGGGCAGCAACUACAAAACCCUCGUCACGAGGGGAUACGCCUCUCUUUUUGACAAGAUGUUCUCUUUAGAUGCCCGGGCGCAGUCUGAUAAGAGCACGGCAGGGGACAAGAAACGGCCACCGGGGGACGGCAGUCGAGAAGGCUUUCUCCUGCAAGCCGUCGACCAAGAGCUGCCCGUGCUCGAUGUCGUCCGGCUCCUCGUCGAGAAGUUCGCCGUCGACGCCAACGACCUGUGCUGCUACGCGCCCGGCGUCGGCCGUGAUCCCGUACUGCAGGAUAGUGCUCUUCACUCGCUCGCCGCGGGCCACUGGUGGUGGCAGGUCGGCCAGGCGCUGCCUUACCUGAUCAGCAAGGGAGCGGAUCUCGAGAUCAGGAACGGCCGGGGUCAGACGCCUCUUCACGUUGCUCUGGAUACGCGGGGGGGCCGGGGGGUCUACCACGGCGACGCGGCCCGUCUGCUCAUCCUCGCCGGCGCCGACAUCAGGGCGGUGGACGCCAAGGGGAAGACGUGCCUUGGCUACGCACGUGGAAACAUCGACUUGAUUCGCCUUCUCCUACAGAACGGCGCUACAGUUGCGGCCGAUGCAGUAUUUGCCGCCAUCGACGGAAACCAGACCGACGUGCUUGACGCGCUGUUGGCGGCGGGCGUGAGUCCGAACCUGCGAUUCGAAGAGGUCGCCGACAAGCCAUGGAGAACCCGACAAGAAGACGACGCCUCUGACGACUGGGAAAGGGACGACAUGCCCGACUGCGAGUGGUAUCCCCUGCACCACGCCGCCUCGAGGUCUGGCAGCAUCUAUCCGGACCAGAAGCGCAGGGACGAAUUCAACAAGACGGCUCUGGACAUGGUCAACACGCUUCUGUCCCACGGGGCAGACCCUCUCCGGGCCUUCACAAGAUGUUCUACGAAAGAGUGCUAUCAUCAAAAGUUGCUCGCCAAGCAGCAGGCCGACGAAGCCGAUUUGUUCAAUGACGUUGAGGAUGCCCCGGCCGAGGAGAUGGUCGUCCUGACCCCCCCGGUUGGCGGCUCCGAAGCCCAUCUCCACGAGCAAGGCGUGAUACUGCACCAGCUGCUGGUCGACGGACACGUCGUCCACCCCCUCCUGAUGCUGCCGAACCUCGACGCGAACCGCCGCGACGGCAAAGGGCGCACCGUGCUCCACGCCGCUUGCUUCUCGCCACGCGGACCGGAUCUCCCUGUGAACCUGCCGCCUGGAGACCCGUGGGACAACGAUGAUGAUGACGACGAUGACGACGAUGAUAAUGGGCCGGCAUACACCUCGCUCUUCCAGCACCUCCUCUCCCUCGGCGCGGAUCCCGAGGCCCGGGACGACGACGGACGGAACGCGAUGCACCACCUCCUCCGCCUCCGCACCGAAAACCGCCACGGCCCCGCCCCGGCCGUCAACGCGUCGCUCGCCCACCUGGCCGCGCACUACCCGUCCCUCAUCGACCAGCGAGACAAGGACGGCAGGACACCGCUGCACCUCGCCGUCGACCGCGCUGUCUACGAGAAGGACUCGACCGCCCUUGCCGCCGACAUACUCCUCAGAGCCGGAGCGGACCCCCUGGUGGCGGACGGCGACGGCGACACGGUCCUCCACGUACUAUGCCGAAUGCUCUGGGUCUCCGGUGGCCUCCGCCCGCUCUUCGAGGACUUGGUCCGGCGCGGGUGUGACGUCAACGCGCGCAACGCCAGGGGGGAGACGCCGCUAUUCGGAUUUUACGGGCAGCGGAAGCACGGAGGACUGCUGCGGGAGAGGGAGCUUUACGCAGAGCCCCUUGACGACGCGGCCGGGACCGCGGGCUUGGAGGCGGCCUUGGAGGCGGCGGGCGCCGACUUCGAGGCCCGGGACAACGCGGGGCGGGGUCUACUGCACGUGGCGGCCCGGGGACACGCUGUCCGGUUCCAGACGCUACUCGAGAGGGGGCUGGACCCGAUGCUCGAGGACGGCGAGCGGAAGACGGCGCUGGACGUGGCGGCUGCGUGCGGGAACGACGGGGUCAUGAAGCUGUUUAGUGGACGUCGUGGAUGACGGCGAUGGUGGUGAUGGUGGGCGAGCCUGUUGGCUUGCGAGUUGCUUUAGGAGCUUGAAGGGAUUCUUGAUGGGCGUGGAGUACAGUAGGUAGGUAGAUAGAACAACUCCUGGGACUUGUGUGGCAGGUUAUUCAUCUGUUGAGAGACUGUCCUGAGACGAGUUUGUCGUUGAUAGGCUGUGACCGAGAGGAGUCACCAAGACGAUUUUCACAAGGCCACACACGUCAAGUCACUCAAAAGUACACAAAAUAUGAAGUGGUCGGUAGAAAACGUAUUGUCCAUGUUUUGCCUAGUCAU